CUGAACCUGGUGGCCCACGCUAACGGCAGCUUCUCUGUGGACAUGGAGGUCAUUCGCAACGGAGUGAAGGUGGUUCGGUCCCUGAAGCCAGACUUCGUGCUGAUCCGCCAGCAUGCCUUCAGCAUGGCCCGGAACGGUGACUACCGGAGCCUGGUCAUCGGGCUGCAGUACGCCGGCAUCCCCAGCGUCAACUCUUUGCACUCGGUCUACAACUUCUGCGACAAGCCCUGGGUGUUUGCCCAGAUGGUUCGGCUGCACAAGAAACUGGGGGCCGAGGAGUUUCCGCUCAUCGACCAGACCUACUAUCCCAAUCACAAGGAGAUGCUUACCACAGCCAGAUACCCUGUAGUGGUGAAGAUGGGCCAUGCUCAUUCAGGCAUGGGCAAGGUGAAAGUAGAGAAUCAGUACGACUUCCAGGACAUCGCCAGUGUGGUGGCACUGACCAAGACUUAUGCCACGGCAGAGCCCUUCAUCGAUGCCAAGUAUGACGUCCGGGUGCAGAAGAUCGGCCACAACUAUAAGGCCUACAUGAGGACCUCAGUGUCUGGGAACUGGAAAACCAACACAGGCUCGGCCAUGCUGGAGCAAAUUGCCAUGUCUGACAGGUACAAGCUGUGGGUAGACACAUGUUCCGAAAUCUUUGGGGGCCUGGACAUCUGUGCAGUGGAAGCCCUGCAUGGCAAGGAUGGGCGCGACCACAUCAUUGAGGUGGUUGGCUCCUCCAUGCCCCUUAUUGGAGAUCACCAGGAUGAGGACAAGCAGCUCAUCGUGGAGCUGGUGGUUAACAAGAUGGGCUUGGCCCUGCCCAGGCCCCGGGCAGCAUCUCCUGGCAGGGGCCCCCACUCUCAGGCUCCUUCACCAGGGGCACAAGCUGUGGGUCGGCAGGUGGGGCCUCCAGCUCAGCAGCGCCCUCCGCCUCAGGGCGGACCUCAACAGCCCGGGCCAGGACCUCAGCGCCACGGCGCCCCUUCCCAGCAGCGGCCCCCGCCCCAGGGCCAGCCGCUCCAGGGCCUGGGCCCUCAAGCAUCCGGGGCCGCGCAGCCACGCCUCCCCAGCCCCAGCGG